AACAUAAAUAAUUAAAUUAAUUAGCAUGUAUAUAACAUCUGACUAAAAGUUCAACAGAAAAAGCUUAUUUAUCGAGAAGAUAUUUAUUGUGUGAAUACGCUCGAGUAGGCUUUCGCUAAAAACACUACAAUUCCCAGCAUGCAAUUGUAAAAUUCACGUCUCUGAAACGCCUGGUUGGAUUUGUUAUUUUGCCAUGGUUUAUAUUUAUACUCUAUAAUAUAUUGUGAGCUAAAUGCGAGCUAGAUACUUUUUAAACGUAGCGUCGGACCAUUUAGUGAAAACAUUCGUCAUACCAAAGACAACAUAAUUCUAAUGAUAAAGUUACACAUGAAGGCCGCACUACUACAGGGGUCCUUGUGAGAGUCUCCUCGACUCAUUGAGGGGGCUGUCCAAGUAAGUUUUGAUGAGUCGUCAGAGUACGGCUCCACUAACAAUAAAUUGACAUUUUUUAUUCAGUUACUCUGACAUUAUCCACAUUUAGACUAUAGGUUUGGCCUGUUUGUGGGGACGAUGUCUUUGCUCGGAGUGUUUUUACUAUUGGUAAUAUCGGCGUGUGUAUCAGAGAGGGUUCUCGUCGCCGCAUUUUCCCAGUCCCUGGACAGCGACUUUACCUUCACCCUACCCGCUGGUCGCAAAGAGUGCUUUUUCCAGACCAUGAAGAAAGAUGCAUCACUGGAAAUUGAAUAUCAGGUUCUUGAUGGGGCCGGCUUGGAUGUUGAUUUUCACCUGUCUUCACCAAGCGGGAGUGUACUGGCCAGAGACUACAGGAAGUCUGACGGCGUGCACACAGUGGAGACGGAGGAUGGAGAUUAUAUGUUCUGUUUUGACAACACCUUCAGUGCCAUGUCUGAGAAGAUCAUCUUCUUUGAGCUGAUCUUAGACAACAUGGAGGACGCAGACGCCUCGGACCCUGAGGGCUGGAAGGAAUACGUCCACGGAACGGAUAUUCUGGAUAUGAAACUGGAGGACAUCAUGGACACCAUUAACAGCGUGAAGGCCCGGCUGGGGAAGAGCCUGCAGAUCCAGACGGUGCUGCGGGCGUUCGAGGCCCGGGACCGCAACCUGCAGGAGAGCAACUACGAGCGCGUCAACCUGUGGUCCUGCACCAACCUGCUGGUCAUGCUGGUGGUGUCCGGGCUGCAGGUCUACCUGCUGCGCAGCCUCUUCGACGACAAGAGGAAGAGCCGCACCUAGCGCCCCCCCCCCCCUACCGGGAGAGACCCGGCCUGGCACCGGGCCCAGACGGCUACAAGAGCCCAAACUGCUGCUGGGCCACGCUGCACAGGCUCACUACUCACACACAUGCACACAGACACACACAUGGACGCUCACACACACGCACAUACACACACACACACACACGCACGCACGCACAGGCGCACACACACACGCACAGGCGCACACACUCUCUCUGCCAAGCCCUCUCCGUCCAGUCGUUUCCUCCAUCUCCAGUGACUUCAGGAACAGUUCACUGGAGUCCCCCUUUCUCUUUCUGUCUACUGACCCGUUAAAGACAAUCACUUGCUGCCGCACAGGAGCCAUGGAGACAGAGCUGACCAGAGGCUGGACUGAACACCCCGUCUCUAUCAGUCUCUGUCAAUCAAAGAGAUUUUAUUCACAUCUCCAAAGCUGCUCCUCUCAUUUGUGGAGCCAUGAAUGAGAUUGGUAGACCUGUCGGUCUAUAAUUUUAGCACACAAAGGACUAAGCCGAACUUAGAACAAACAUAUUUGACGUGAUCUGUUUCUUACUGUAUAAAAAAAAAAAAAAAGUUUUAUUUGAAAUUAACCUGUUAACGACAUAAAAAGGAAAUCCUGUUUACAAGUAAGGUAACUAAAGUCUUCCAGGCACUGAAGUCUUGUGACUGCACUGUCCUGUUCAGUUGGCCACACCUCACCCUACUUGAAAAGUGACUUGGCUGCUGCCGCACGUAACCCCCCCGCAGGGAGAUUCUAUUUGUUACUGAAACGCGUGGAGGUUUCCUUCUGCUGGGUGCACCGGGGGAUUUAGGCGGUGACUUUCGGCAGAACAGAUCAUGUCACGCCCUGCCUGUGUGGCGAAUGGUGACUCUGAUUAACUCCCCUCGCAUGCAGACACACCCCAAUGCGCCAUGUCUGUGCUGCCUACUCUCUCACCCUAAUAAUGGGAGGUCCGGCCAGCCUGCCCGCCAGCCAAAGUGUUCUGCAGCCGAGGGAGGGAAAGGGAUCGCUCGUUAAAUCCUCAAGGUCUAUCUAUAAUUCACCGCCUUCAAGUGGUAGCCCAUCGAGGGCUGCGCUAACCGGUGUCUGGUUUCGACCUUGCUGGAGAGCAGCCUUCCUGCCUGUUCACAGGCUUGUUUUGCCUAUGGAGCCCUAAUGGCUGCCACUUGCCAACAGCUGCACAGUAAGAUGAGACCACAGACACGCAGAUGACAGUAGGCGAGCUGCAAUGUUUUAUCUUUUUUUUUUUCUCCCCCUUUAGUCUGGAGGAGAGACCUGUUACUAGCACACACCUCCGCAGUGUGGGCUCCCACACUGGGGUACUGGGGUACGUUCACAAUGUGGAGCCCCAACUGCCCAUAAAAAGGCAGGAAAAUGAAUGUGCACUUGCGGUAGUGUCUGGUUUUUUUUUUUUUUUUUUUUGGUUUUUUGUUUUUUUGGUGGGAGGUGUACAGUGCUUAACUGACAGGUGAGAGAACUGCAGAUUUACUGGUUUCACCGUUUAACAUAUUUGUGGCAGGGACAUUGGUUAGCAGCUCAACACCCCCACCUUCUGGAUCAAUAGAGAACAGCCUAAAACCUACAGCAGCCAAUGUCUGCUUGCAACAGCGCAGGGGUGCGUCCCAAUACUUUAAAAAUGUAUCCUCCUUUCCUCCGUGCCCCGGAGGCCGAUCUUUGUGUAGUGCCUCCCUCCAUUUUCCCAAUAUUGGAGGAGACGAGUGAAGCACACAGAACAGUAUUGGCAAAGUGGCUCCCCUCCUUUUCUCCACAUGCUUCCGGGGAGGAGACGAGUGGUAGUGGGGGAGUGGAGGAAAGGUGAGGAGUGAAUAGUAAUGGGAUGGACUCCUGGUGUUCAAGGACUAACCCUGUGGCUGUCUAUGAUCCUGUGAAUGAUGCAGUAUGAAGUUUUUAAUAUCUCACACAGUUUACAUUAUCAGAUUAAGCUACAGAAUUUGAAUGAGCCAACUGAAGUUGUAAGUUGUUGCAGUGAAGACGGAUGUAUCUAGGACAGCAUAUGUUACAUUGUACAUAUAAUAUUCUCCAUUGUUGAAUCUCUUCAAAGUACCUUACUUUGGUUGCAAAAUUGUGCCCUACUUAGGGUUUGAAAAUGCAAAUAAUUUGCAAGUGGAAUUUCCCUAACAAAUAUGCCACACUGCCAUCCCUAGUUCUCUGACAAGCUGAUACAUGUUAUGUAAAUUCUGAGUUUUUUUUUCUUCAGAUGACUCAGACUCCAAAUUGCCUUUGAAGCACUAACUGCGUGUAUUAGUCAUGCUACAUUAAUACCAAUCUUAUGAACUGCGUGGUACUGAUCAGUUGUGUCUGACCUGACGUAGUAAAUGGUUACGUAAUUUCUAUGACUCAUAAGAUGGAAAAGGACCUUUUGUGUCCGUGUGGUAGUGGAUGCGUGAUGGUUGUGGAGAAAUGACCUUUGGGCUGUCAGUCACAUCCUCUCAUGGCACUGAUGCAUCUUUUUCCAGAACGCGGAGGUAUGAUUUCUGUUGCCCUGUAUUCUGACCCGCCUUCCUCCUCUGUACAUAGGGAAUAUCAUUGCUAGGACAAUAUGAAUAAAAAAAACUUAAAUUAUUAAAA